GGAAGUGGGGCAGCAGCUGGAAUUAGUGCUCUGUGGAGGUCUGAGUGUCCGACAGGCUCUCUCCCUCUCUCAGUAGUUAUUUGGGGAUAGGGUUUUAUUUUUGGCACUCCUACAAUGUGUGAAGACCGCGAGGUGUUCCUGCGAGCCCAGGGCAGGAUAUUCACUGCAUUCCGAGAAGAUGUGGAAUCACAGUGGAAAGGCCCAUUUUACUUUAUACAAGGAGCAGACCCGCAGUUCGGCCUCAUGAAGUCCUGGGAAAUUGGUGAAUGUGAUUAUGGAGGAGAUGAAUGGGAGAAGGAGAUCAGAUUAACAGAACAAGCUGUGCAAGCCAUUAACAAGCUAAGCCCCAAACCGAAGUUCUUUGUACUGUGUGGUGACCUUGUUCAUUCAAUGCCCGGUAUUGAAUUUAAAGAGGAUCAAGAAAGAGACCUAAAAAAUGUGCUCCAAAAGACUAAUCAAGAUAUCCCGUUGGUGUUUGUCAGUGGAAACCAUGACAUCGGCAAUGCCCCAACUACUGAAACAAUAAAGUCAUACUGCAACAACUGGGGAGACGACUACUUUGCUUUCUGGGUUGGUGGCGUUUUAUUCCUUGUGCUUAAUUCCCAGUUUUUCUUUGAUUCUUCUGCAUGCGCAGAGUUAAAAGAGAACCAUGCCAGGUGGCUUGCCGCUCAGCUUGCUGUCGCCGAGAAACGGAAAUGUAAGCAUGCGAUCAUAUUUCAACAUAUCCCUCUGUUCCUUCAAAAUCCUGAUGAAGAUAACAACUAUUUCAACGUUGAAAAAAAUCUUCGGCAAGAGUUAUUGGAAAUGUUUCAUAAAGCAGGUGUUAAAGCUGUGUUCUCUGGACACUACCAUAGGAAUGCAGGAGGCUUGUACAAAAAUCUGGACAUGGUUGUGACCUCGGCUAUUGGAUGCCAGCUUGGAGAUGACCAGCACGGUGUGCGUGUGGUUGUUGUCACUGAAGAAAAGAUUAUACAUAGAUACUAUAGUUUAGAGGAACUAAACACUAAGGGGAUUGAGCAAGACCUUAUGGAUUUAAUGAAUCCCAAAUAAAGUAAUCAGUGCUUUAUGUAAAGUAAAAUCGACUUAUUUUUUGUUGUUUAAUUUUAAAAAAAUCAGAGCAAUUAUUGGGAAAAUAUUGGGAAAAAUUAUA